AUGACAAGCAUAAAUAUGGAACAUUCAUGUGUUCGUCUUGGGGAUUUACCAGAUGAAAUUCUUCUGAUUAUUUUCCAAAAAUUAUACAAUUGUGAUGUACUUUAUUCUUUCAUGGGCCUUAAUCAAAGACUUGAUACAAUUCUCUACAAUAGAAUUUUUACAAGAAAUUUAUCAUUAAUAAAAUAUGUUCAUAGGUCAUCAUAUCAAUUUAAUAUAAUACUUGAUCGAUUUUCUCUUGAAAUUUUACCUAAAAUCAAUGAUAAAAUUGAACGACUUAGUAUUGAAUCAUCAUUUAUUAAACGUAUUCUUUUGGUAACAAACUAUCCUAAUUUACAUGCUCUUGAUUUAUAUGACUUUGAACCUGAAACAGCCAGUACACUCUUCCGUCAAGCAACUACCCAAUUUAAAAUACUUUUCGCUAAUCCAUGA